UAUUAUGCCAUUGGCGGAGGGAAUAUGAUAGCCUCCUUGGGUCCCCCAGACAACUCCGUCGCCGUGCUCCGUGACGGAAAAGGCGAUAUUCUUCCUUCCACCUCAUCCCGCGGGAAAAUCUUCACCCAGAAAAAAAGAAAAAACGGUUUUCCUUAUUGUUAGCAUGGGCCAAACAAACAGACCCUAAAGAUUUCUAAACCAUAAUAUUUGAACUUAAAAAAAAAGACGGUCAUUUGGAAUUGGCGAUUUUUUCAGUAAAAUUCUAAGGAAUUUAUUUUUUUGCCGUACAAUAAUGGAGGAGGGAAGAAAAUCGCGUACUAUGGAAAACCCUAAUUCCGAAACCGAUACCACCACCACCACCACUACUACUACUGCGGCUAAGAAGAAGAAGAGCAAUUCGAGUGACAAGAAGAGGAAGAGAAGGUCUGGAUUCGAGUUCUGCGAGGUGUGCAAGCUGAGUCACGAUCAAGGCCACCGCCAUAAGUACUUUCCCAGCCACAUCAAGUCCCUCUCUACUUUCCUUUCUCGGUUCCACGACAACAAGAUUUCCGAUAUCCGAUUCUUUCUCAGAAACCCUAGCCCUCUCCGCUCCGAACAUUCCUCUCGCAAUCGCUUUUGGUGCGUCUUCUGCGAGACCGAUAUCGAUGAGCUUGGUAGCUCCUUCGCCUGUAGUAAUGCAAUUAAUCACCUGGCAAGUGCGGAUCAUAUGAAGAAUCUGAAGCAUUUUUUAUGGAAACAUGGUGGGAAGACGGAUCAAGUUGAUAAUUUUACAAUAUCAGAAGCUGAGGUUGCUAAGUGGGAGAAAAAGUGCAAAUCAUUGGAGAUCGAAGUAGUGUCAUCUAAUAAGGCAGCUUCCGGACCCUUAGUUGGACCUUUAAAUGAUAUCCACAAUGAACUCAACUAUGGAAAUGUUAAUAGUUUUGAAAAUAAUAAUAUUGACUCUGUUAAUUUGAGGAUUUCAAAUGGUGUUAUGCCUUUACAAUAUCAUACGAAUGAGUAUCAGGUAUCCCAUUCAGGAUUCUCUAAGGUUGCGAAUGUUAGCUUAUUUCCUGAAGAUGUUUCCUCAUCAUUACCUGUGGAGAAUUAUCCUGGCACAAAUUCCAAAAUGUUGAAUGGUUUUACAGGGAACAGGACUUGUCAACAUUCUCCUAUGUGGAAUAGUGGAAAAUGCUUGGCUGAUGGUUACCUCAGUACUUAUGGAAUGCACCAGGUAUAUCAGAACGAAAGGAUGGUAAAAGGAGAGAGCAGUUCUCAGGGUUUGCAGAGUCUCACGCAAAUUACCUUGGCUCCUGAACGGUCUGGUGGAAAUGUGCAUUCUGGAGCACCACCUCCUUGGUUUGAAGCAAUCGGAGAGAGUCAGCUAAAUGCUCAACAAAAACCAGUGUUAUCAAAUAAGCUCGGUAAGUCGAAGAAAUUGAAUCCGAAACGGGUGGGAGCAGCUUGGGCAGAAAGGAGAAAGAUGGAGAUGGAGAUGGAAAAAAGGGGAGAGCUUGUCAAGAGCGAGUGCAAUGCAAACUGGCUUCCUAAUUUUGGACGAGUUUGGCAAUCUGGUACUCGCAAAGAGUCUAGAAAAGAAUUCGAGUUGGAGAAGAAACAAAAAUUACUCAAGGUUGAAAAUCAACCUGAAGUGCCACUUAAGAUACAGCCUUACAUUAGCAAGCGAAUGGACAAAAUCUUGUUGAAUUUGAUGAUCCACCUUUGAUUCUGAAAUUCCACAAUCUACCUUUGGAAGAAACCAAAUUCUCAUCACAGAGAAAUUCCCAUGAAAACCAUUUCUCAAUCAUCCGAUCGACAUCGUGCACCACUA